UUGCAGUCUUGAAAAAUGAAGUGCAUCAUUCCCGCAUGCCGGAACAUCGAAACACAAGAUCGUAGAUUCUUCAGAGUGCCCUCGACAGGACACCACACGUUUCGGCGAUGGAAGGAAUUUAUGCAGUUAUCUGGAACCCGGAGUGAAAAAAUAUGCCAGCAGCAUUUUAAGGAGACAGAUUUUCAGAUUCGUUGCCGGAUCGGGUUGAAGGAAAGUGCUGUUCCAUCAGUGAAAAUUCCUUUGCUCACGCCUAAAGUGAACCCGAAUGGAGUAUGUUGCGUCAAAGGAUGUACCACAAAGAGGAGGACAACUCUACAACCGUUUCCGACCCGGCUAACCAUGUUUCGGCGGUGGAAACGAGUUUUGGCAAUACCAAAUGAUAUGGCUGUGGGAAAAUUCAAAAUUUGCCUGCGGCAUUUCAAAGUGCAGGAUCGUUGUAAAGUCACCUCUACCUACCUUAAGUCGAAUGCAAUCCCAUCUAGGCAAAUUAAGAAAUUGCCAAAACGUCAGAAAACCUCACAGGUCACAACAAAGCCUCCGCUGUCUCAUCUUUGGGAUCACAACUACUGUUUGUUUUACAAACCUAAAUCAAAGACCAACAACAUUUGCUAUGUGAGCGGAUGUUAUUCUAGAGUGAAAAAUGGCACAAGAUUACAUCGAUUCCCGGCCAAAGGAACUAAGCGGUUUAAACUGUGGCUUAAUCUGCUCAAGUGUCGUUUAAUGCCCACGAAAAACUCGAAAAUCUGCAGCAAUCACUUUAAGCAGACAGACUAUCUUCCAGGUGGACGAUACUUAAAAAAAAACGCGAUACCUGUACCUUUUCCUUUUGGGUUAAGUAGACGCUCGAGCUCACUGAGUACAUCUUCAGGUGGCUCUGAUUCCGAGCCGGAUGCUGUUAUCGACUCAGAUUCAUCGUCCUCUCAUCGUGGCAGUUUCGAAGAGUGCGGAGACUCCAUCCUGAGCGAUGUCGACCAAGAUGACCAGCAGUCCUUUCUUAACAGCGAGAACGACCAAGAGUUCAACCCUGGGGAAGGAUGCUCACUGCAAUUCCAGCCGGAUGAUUCGACUCAUCAAUGCACAGAAGAUUUGCGUGAAGAUGAUGCUGGCCUAGAUGAGAACAAUAACACAUACAGCGAAGCAAACUCUAACAUUCGCAAAAGCGAUCAAAUGAUCUUAACAGAUCUUCUAGUUACUGACAAGGAAGUUAACACAUGGACUGGUCUGUCUUCAACUGAUCAGUUAACUGAAAUCUGUCUGGCAGUUCGAACAUUAGAGAGCAACUCAUUCCCGCGAAAGUUUAAAAUGCAUGCUAGUGAUAGGACAGUUCUAACUCUUGUCAAAUUAAAACAAAACCUUUCAUUUGAGGCAAUCGCCACACUGUUUAGGAUUUCUGGCCCAACAGUUGCUAAUUAUUUUUCGCAUACUUUACAAAUUUUAUCCCUCAUUUUGAAAAAAUUCAUUUAUUGGCCGACCAAAGAGGAAUUGAGACAAAACGUGCCUCUUUGUUUUCGAGAACAUUUUUCUAACGUAACUGUAGUACUAGACGCAACAGAAAUUCCCAUAGCCACCCUGAAAUGUCUCAAUUGCCGAAUUGCAUCAUACUCUAAUUACAAGUCGCGGCGAACAGUGAAAUUCUUGAUAGGCGUUUCUCCGGCAGGGCUAAUUACAUUUGUUAGUCAGGCUUACUCAGGUAAAAGUUCAGACAAAUUCAUUGUGAAUGAAGAGAAGCUCAUGGACCGUUUAGAGGCCCAUUCAGAUGAGAUAAUGGUGGACAAGGGGGUAUCAAUCGAAUCAGAGUGCUCAACGAAAUGCAUUAAGUUGCACAUGCCACCAUUUAUGAAGGGAGACAAACUAACACCUCAGGAAGCAAGCCGAAAUGAAGCGAUAGCGCGUGCAAGAGUGCAUGUCGAAAGGGCCAUUCAGAGAAUCAAAAUUUUUGGAAUAUUUUCGAGCACUAUUAAUUUGUCUAUGCUAGGUAACAUUAACGAUAUAAUGACUGUUGUCUGUGGUAUUGUAAACUUAAGUCCACCGAUAUUAAAUGAUGAUAAGUUUUGAUCUGUA